AUGUUGCCUGCAAAUGCUAACGGUCACAUGUCAAACAAUGGGAACCCUGCAGAAAACAGUAAAAGUGGGAAUGCAGAUAGGCCAGUUUUGAGGAAUUGGAGAAACAAGCCGACUGUCCUUCUCAUUGAUGAAUCUGAAAACCACAGGGUUCUGGGAACGGCUUAUCUUACAGCUUAUGGUGCCGAAACUACAUCUGUGACUGAUGGAAGGGCUGCUUUGGAGCUCACAUUUUCUGGUGCUAGGUUCAAGUUGAUCCUCAUUGACAUGCACAUGCGCUAUAUGAGCGGCGCACAGUGUGUGAAUCACCUUCGAACCAUGGGAGUGAAGUCGUUGAUGCUCGGUAUGACAAUUUUUUGUAGAGAAAGAGAGGAACAGGCAUUUCUAGAAGCAGGGGGCAAUGGCUUCAUUCCAAAGCCUCUUAGUCCUGACAACUUUCUUCAAGUCCUGGAAGCACUCGAUAAUAACCAGGGAUGAAAAGCCGGGAUGCAUCAAGCCGAAACGGAGGAUAUUCUUUUAUUUAUUUAUUUUUUUUUUGAAAGAGAGGUCAUUCAUUAAUGAAACUCAGCGAACAGU